UGUAAGAAAGACUGGCUCAUAUUUGCAUAUUACUUUGAAUACACAACGUGAUCUACAUUGAAACAAUUUAUUUCCCUUGUUCUGGCUGCUGGUGUGGCAGCAUUUGUUCUUCCAAGAAGGGAAACCAAGAGCAGAGAGGACAGGGCUGUGUGCGACAGUGCUAUUUUAUGCCAGCUGCAAGUUUACAUAAAAUUACAGCUUGAUGCCAGGGUAGGUUGCAGCUGGCUCUGCACUUUGGCCCAGAUGCUGGAGCGUGGGUGCAGGUGAGUGGCACCUGAAGCUGGGGAGGCACAGUGGUGAGGAAAAGGACAGCUGGAAGGGGCUCACACUUGGGCUGGCAGAAAUGGCCCUUCCUCUGUGGAAGAACUUACUUCAGACUACAAAGGAAAGGAUACUACAGCAGAGAAAGUUGUCACUGUAUAAUGGUGCUCAUGGCUAUGAGGAAGAAUUGAUAAAGAAGAAACUUCAACAAUUUGCUGGUGGAUCCAUCAACCUUUCCAAAGAAGAUAAUGGCAUUGGAAUACUUACCUUGAACAACCCGAAGUUAAUGAAUGCUUUUACAGGUACUAUGAUGGUAGAACUCCAGGAGAGGAUAACUGAACUGGAAAACUGGACGGAUGGCAAAGGCCUUAUCGUCUAUGGUGCAGGAAACACAUUUUGCUCAGGAUCAGAUUUGAAUGCUGUCAAAGAAAUAUCCAACUCCCAGGAUGGGAUGAAUAUGUGCAUGUUUAUGCAAAACACCUUAACCAGACUUAUGAGGUUGCCUUUGAUCAGUGUUGCACUAGUCCAAGGAAAAGCUUUUGGAGGAGGAGCAGAACUUACCACAGCAUGUGAUUUCAGGUUGAUGACCCCUGGAAGUGAAAUUCGGUUUGUCCACAAGCACAUGGGUCUCGUGCCAGGCUGGGGAGGCGCUGCCCGGCUGGUGCGGAUCGUGGGCAGUGGGGCAGCCCUGCAGCUGCUGAGCGGGACUGCCCGGGUGGACCCUGAGAAAGCUUUGCGCCUGGGAUUAUCAGAGCAGACCCUGUCAUCUUCAGAUGAAACCAGGGCCUUAGAAGAAGCCCGAGCCUGGCUGAAUCAGUACACAGAGGGUCCAGUCAGUGUGAUACAGGCUGUGAAAAAGGUGGUGACAGCAGGAAGAGAGCUCCCACUGGAAGAUGCCCUAAGGACAGAAAAGGACAUUUUCGGAACUGUAUGGGGUGGGCCUGCCAAUUUGCAGGCAUUGGUUAGAAGACCAAAACAUAAAUGAUGGUCAAUGUAUAAGAAAUGUUCCUGACCUUUUUGCAAACAAAGCUUUCACUGAAGCAGGCAUUGCACUUGAAUCAUUUAAGGACUUGCCCAUUUAAAACUGGCAUUAACAUUCCUGCCAUUCACUUCAGACAGACAUAUUUGGUGUGCAACCACAGAGAAAUCCCUGGCAGGUUCUUUACUGUCCUAAUCACCCACUGAAUGGAGAUUAGUGAAAUUAGUAUGUAAAGGUAAAUAUUGUGCUGAGAAUAGAACUAUAAUUCUUUUGGAAUGAAGCUGAAGAUUAUUUUCUUUGGAGUUAAUUUUUUCUAACUGGUAUGGAAAUUAAUUACUUGAAAGUUAUAAUGUUUAUUUAUUUGCGGAACAGGUGCAUCUAAAGUUGCAAAAUACAAGUUCCCCAACAUGAGACCAGUGUCUUUAAGCAGCUUGGAAAGGAUAAUAACUAGUGAGAGGAUAAUUUUUAUUUUUUCAUCUCUACUCAGUUCUUCGCUAUCCAAGGAUACUUCAAUUUUAAUGGUGUUUUUACAGAAGAAGCUUUAACUUACUGAGACCUUCUAGCCCUCAUUCACUGACACUGAUUCAGGUUUUUAAAUGCAUUUAGGAGUAUUCUCACCGCUCAAGGAAUCAACUACCUACACAUGCAUCUGCGCAUGCCCUUAUCCUGGACCUGUGCAAAGCUGCUGACCUGGUUCUUUACACAGAAUCUAGUUGAAAUCUUGGAAGGACAUGAUGAAUCAUACUCCCAAAUGGGAUGUCCUUAACUGACUAGGUGUCAGAGUACAUCAGCAUCCUGGUAAGACUUGUGUGUGGAUAUGUCUAUAUCUUUCUUUAUGGUUGGGCAUAUUUGAGCUGAUCAGAAGAUUUGGAACUGGGUCUCCACUUCAUGCCGGUGACUAUUCAAGUAAUUAGAUAACUCAUUGGGGAGGGUUUUAUCUUUAGAAAUUAGAAACUGACAGAGUCCCUGCUUUGGCAGAUGAUUCUUAAAAUUCAACAUCUAUGAGAGCAAAACCAUACAGAUAUAUCUAUGACUGAGAAUUUCAUGUACUGUUGGUUAGGAUACUCUUGUCUCUAAAUCCAGCAGAGACUGAGAUCUGAGCCCAGGACCCAAGUACUCGUGGGAGCAUGUUAACGAGGAAAGUUUGGGCUGUGUGCUUGGCCUGACCAGGCAUAACUAGCUCCAGAUGAUGGAACAAGCUCCCCUAAGAAAGGCAAUUUCGUGGAUGGAAAUCCAUGUUACAAUUUCCACAGUGUGGCAGGAUUCCUGAGUUUUAGACAGUGAGGUAACUACAUGUUUGAGGAUUUGGGGACAAAUCAAUGAUGGGAAUUUGGCUUGGAUUGCCUGUUAAGAUUCUGCAGGUUUCGAGCAGAUGCUGUGAUCUGCUGGGGAUGUUUCACUAUAGGGUUUUCACAGCAAGGAGCCUGAAGCAAUCAAGAGAAAUGCUGAAGAAAGGGAUGUGUUUUGAGUUGGCACCUCAGAGAAGAUAAGGAACUUGCCUCCACUCUGUAGAUCCUGCAUCUUUGCCUUAAUAUCUGAAGCACUGAUGGAGAAGUAUUUCAAAUGUCUCUUCCCCAAAAAUAAAGUCCAAUUUUUACUUUCAGGUUAGAGAAGAGACAGGAAUGAGAACAUGGGGAGAUAGUGUUCUGGUUUGUGCCUCUUUCUCCCCCUGCCCCUUUUUAUUCAAUAGCUCAGUUGUUAGUCCCCUGUGUAGCUGGAUUCUUUCCUGUACCCUAAAGGACUUCAAACCUGUUACUUCACAGGUAUGAAUGUUUUAAUAUAGUCCGGCUGCACUUGACUGUUUAGUAAUGAAACUGUUCUGCUUUUCAUGGAAUUCCUCAAGACUCAUGAGAGAUUCCAGACUGCCAGCAUCACUGAACCUUCAAAGCAUGCUCCAGUCCAUACUCAUCCAGCUUUUUGCAGCAAUCGCAUAUCACGUUGAUGUGAGUCAAAAUAAAUGUGCUUUAAAGGGCAACUGGUUAUGUCUUUGCUAGUAUCAAGAACAGAUUUGCCAUUACUAAUAGCCUAAUUACAUUUUUAAAAUGGGUGUGAAAAUUGCUUGGAACCUGAGCAAGACUCUUGAAUUUUUUUUUCCUUUAAUGUAUUAGGCUCAUAAAUGUAUUGUGUACUGGGUAAUACAAAUUUGAAAAGGAGGAAAUUGUAACAAAAAAGCAGAAUUUGGUUUCCUUCACAUUUUGAACCAGAUCUGUGCAGCCAGUAAGUGAAACUCAGUAUGUACACCUGUUGGAUCUCUUUCCAUUUUGAUUUGUAGACAAUGAGCUUCUUUCUCAUUUCAGCAAAUGCAUUUCCCCAGCCACCCUCUCUGACUUGUAUCAAAGGUCAACAUUUGCUUCUAAGAAAACAGGACAAAUAUUUAACUCCUACAGAGCAAGACAUGCUCAGACAGAAAGGGUUAUGGAAACUCAUUUUGUUGAUAUCAUAAAUAUACCAAACAUAGGUACAGGACAUUCUGAAGAUCAUUACAGGUCUCGAUCAAGGAUUUUGUGAGUACUCUAAUACCAUAUUCUCUGGUCUAUUUUCUAUUUGAAACGGUAUUUUAGAGCCCUUCACAUGAAAACCAGCCCACCAUGAGUGCUAGGAUGAGAGCUCUGACUGAGAUGAAAUGGAAUCCUGUUUUCCCCCUUUGAAAGCUAAAUGCUUUAUUUCAUAGAAUACUUGCUUAUCAUCUUAAAGUGACAAAUACCUGUAACCAGCAGCUGAUAAGCAUUUGUAUUUUCUUUAUUAAAAGACUACAAGCUUCCUCUCAGAUUUUUUCCCCCUUUUGAAAUUGCUUAAAACCAAGCAAGCUCUAAAUGCACAAAAUAAAUUAGAAACAUCAAAAUUGAUACUCCCAGUCUCCUAAUUAAAUAGCAUGCUAGCUUUUGUACUUCCUAGGGACUAGUUUGCCAGCUCCCGCCUCAGCAAACUAAGUUUCCUAUUACAUCGUGAAAUGCCCAUCUUGUUCUUUCCUCUGUGUAGUGGAUCAUGCUGAGGGCUUAAUGGGGGUGUGGAUUCUGCACCAAGCAUUUAAGGGUUGGGUACUGGAGAUCACCUUUAGCAAUAAAAAUACUUCUGUCUUAUUUGCUGCUGAUAGAAAUAUACUAAGCAAAUGGUCAAUCCAGAUAAGCAAGGUGUUCUUACAGAAUUCUUGGUUCAAUAUCUGAUUUUUUUUUAACCAUGACAUAGGAUUCCUGUAUCUGUAGUUAUCUGUUCUCCUGGAAAUGAAGAUUUGCUGUAGAUUACGUAGUAUUUAAAUUUCCUUUUUCCUUCUG